AUGACUUCCCAUUCAGAUGGUAUUACAAUAGAAAUAAGUCAGAAGCCCCCAAAUAGCGGAUAUGGACUAGGGUCUAUUACAUAUGGAGGUGAUAGUAACCAACAGGUUAAACUAAUAAAAGAAGAAAAUCCUACUAACUCUGGCUUUUGGAAGUUCACACAUACCAAAAAUGGCAUUAGCCAAGGAGACUCUUUUAAAGUUGGUAAGGUUCAAUAUGAAUCCUCUGAUAUAUCAUUACCAGAUAUUGGCAUGGACUCAAACAGUGAAAUCCAGCAUCUUGCAGUAUGGUGUUGGUCCGGAGAUGAUAACAUGAAAAAACCUCUUCUCAUAGAAUUGUUGUACAAAAAUGAUAACUAUAAGUAUUAUUCCAGCAAUGGCGAUAGUGAUAACUUAAGUUGGGAGUCACUAAUUUCUAGUUCUCAGCUCAAAGGUAAAACCCUUGAGAAAGAACUGGAUGGACUAACCUGUGAAAAGCACAAUGCAGUUACAAUGUAUCUUAGAAAAAUUAAUUAUAAGACUCAUAUAAGAGGUAAAAAGAAAUAUUGUUGUAGUAAACAUAAGGGAAAGGAGAAAAAUAAAAGUCCAGGGAAAGUCACUGUUACUCCUGUAGAAAUUUAUUGCCAAACACAUCCUAACAACCCUACUCCUGUCACAUGCUACAAACAUGAGAUUAAUUCUGGAGCAAAAUUAUCAGGAAUUAGGUUUUAUCAUAAUGGCAAUUCCAAGAUUAGAGGACGUAUUAAAUCUCCCAUUCCUGAUGUAAAAGCUGUACAUACAUUCUACUGCGGAACGAAUCCAACACUCAUAUAUAUCGAAGGCGGAACUCAGGCAAUUCAGGAUAGGUGGUUCAAGAAAAACGCUUCUAAAGACAACAUUGAGUGGACAGAAGUAAAGGAUCUCCAAGACAUAAUACCAAAUGUCUUAAGUAAUAACACAAAAUGUGAGACAUACAAACAGCUCAUUAAUGCACUAAGUUGUCACAAAUAUCAACAAUGUAGUGACAAUCCUCAAUCCCCGUCUAUAGGGCAAGGCCUCGAUGUUCUAAGAAAAUCUGAAGAACAUGAUACUGAUUCUAGCGAUAGUGAAGCUGAAUGGGACUCUGAGGGUGAAGGUUCUUCUGGUUUGGGUAUAACUAUAGGGUCUAGCAGUGCUUCAAUUCUGGGUACGGGUGGAGGCGCUUAUGCAGGAUGGCAUGUCUACCAAAAGUAUUUCCUUGAUGUUGUAGUACGCUUAAUAUAA